GCAACUGGAAGUCAGAGGGUAAAGCACUAAGCUGUGCAGUCACAGAAGGAAGACAGAGCCUCCGAGUGUGAAGGGACAGAGGGGAGAGUGGGAAGCUCUGGGGCUGGUGGAAGAAAGGGUAGACGGGUGGGAGCCGGGUUGCUCAGGGCAAUGGCUGAGGCCAUCACCUAUGCAGACCUGCGGUUCGUGAAGGCUCCCCUGAAGAAAAGCAUCUCCAGCCAGUUAGGACAGGACCCAGGGACUGAUGAGGAUGAGGAGCUUACCUAUGAGAAUGUACAAGUGUCCUCAGUCUCAGGUGGGCCCUUGAGUUUGGCUUCUUCUGGAGUAGGAGACAAAGCAGGGCUCCAGGCAGAGCAGCCAACUGCGUCCUGGGGCUCCGUGACGUCACCGGCUGCCGGGCGGCUCCUCGCGGGCCGUGCAGCCUGUAUGCAGUACCUCUUUCUUGGCCUGCUCCUCACCUGCCUGCUGUUGGGGGUGGCCACCAUCUGCCUGGGAGUGCACUAUCUGCAGGUUUCUCAGCAGCUCCAGCAGACCAACAGGGUUCUGGAAACCACUAACAGCAGCCUAAGGCAGCAGCUCCACCUGAAGAUAACCCAGUUGGGGAAGAGGGAAGAGGAUCUACAGGGGUCCAGGAGGGAACUAGCCCAGAGUCAGGAAGCACUACAGGAGGAACAGAGGGUUUGCCAGGCCACCCAAGAGCAGUUACAGGCCUGCCAGUCUGAGAGGGAGAAGACAAAGGAGGCCUUGCAAAGUGAGGAGGAGCAAAGGAAGACCUUGGAGCAGAGGCUGAGCAGCUUUCAGGACACACUGAAGCUCUUAUUCAGAUGCCCCUUAUCAGACAACUGCUGUCCCAUGGGAUGGAUACUGAAUGAGAGGAGUUGCUUUUACAUCUCAUAUACGGAGAGAAGUUGGGAGGAGAGCCGAAAUCACUGUAAAUCCCUGUCCUCUGACCUGGCUGAAUUCAGUGAAAGUUAUGUUUAUUCUCAUCCGAUUGCAUACGGCAACAGAGCGUGGAAGAUGUUGACACAAAUUAGUCCGCCUGGUUCAUUUUGGGUUGUUCACAGCUUUCUUAAGAAGUGGCAGCAGGUUGACAAUAAAAGAGGCUCUGGGUAUUAUGGUCAAGUCUCAAGAUGUUACAAGGUACAAAGUAGUCGGCUAAAAAUGCUGCCGGAGGUCUGUACUUCUCUUCUUCCCUGCAUCUGUGAGAUGGCAGCUUUCAAGCAUCCGGAUGAGGACCACAUUUUGACCUGAGUUGGGUACUUAUGCCAACAAGAGCCUGUGGCCCUCACCCGACUGCCAUCUGCACACCCUAAGAUCAUCUCCCUCCAGCAUGCCCCCACUCUGCCUGGACAGUGCCCAGCCAAGGGCUGAUCCAUGCCCAACACUCCUAGCCAGCCUGCUGUCUGCUUGAAAUCCCAUCCCAGAAACUGGAGUGCUUUGGGAACUGGGUGAAGAAGUCUCCAGAAGAGAUUUUGGCCUCCCGAGGAAUUUCCCAUUGUGGACUUGCAGGGAGGGUGGAGGAGGGCGCAUGGGCUGAGUGGAUAAGGGCAGCCCGGAGCCAGCCAGGCAGUUUUAUUGAAAUAUUUUUAAAUAAUUUGCACGUGUUAGUCUCA